CGGCGGGCAGCACGUUGAGCCUCGUCGUCGUAUCUUUCUUUCCUCGUCACUACGAGCGUCCUCUUCCUCUUCCUCCUCUUCCUCGUCCUGCGCUUCUUCUUCUUCCUCAUUCUUCUGCUGCUGCUGCUGCUGCUUGUGCUUCUUCGUCGUCUACAUGUCGUCUUUGGGGUUCAGUUCAAUUUGCCGUUCUUCCCGCUACUGUCACUAAGGUGGUGAUUUCUUUGCUUUGGUGUGGUCGGCCCCGCUGCCCGCUCGAUCGCUUUCUGGCGCGUGUCGCGGCUGAUGCUGCUGCGAAGCUGAAGUGGAGUAGAGUCGAAGAGUCGUCGUCGGCGCAGAGUCCAUGAGAGUGAUGUGAGGCGAGGGAUGGUUGUGCUGCGUGUCCUCCUCUUCUUCGAGUCCAUCUUAGAAGGCGAGAGAAACUGUGUCGCCACUUCCCGAAGAGUCUCAGACGCUUUUCUUUUGUGCCAAAUUAAGCGCGCAAGCGGAGACUCUUUCUUCGCGAUCUUCUUCUUCUUCUUCUUCCUCUUCUUCGCCUCGUGCUUCUUGUGUGCGUGCGUGCGAGCGAGUGCACCGGCAUAGUCUCGUCGGGGUCAGCCGUCAAUUUUCUUGCUCGGGGACCAAAUCGUUCUCCAGUUCAGUUCCCUUUGGCGCCUUCGUCGUCGUCGUUCACUCGAUGAGUGGAUAGACAGACGCACGUUCUUGUCCGGUCACGUUUGCGCGCAGCAGUUCGCUCCAAUAUUCCUCUGCUUCAUCAUCAUCCAAGAGAGGCCUGCUCGCCACUCUCCGCGUGCAGGAUUCGAGCCGAGGCUGCCAAUUCACGCACUUCUUGAUAUCGAACGAUCCGCACCUCGGGAGCUUCUUUGCAGGACGGGCGCCGACCGUUGCUCGCUCUAGGCGACCGGCCGGGGGGCCACGCAUUUUGGGUGCGACCCUAUGACAGCCUGGAUGGAGGGCUGGUACAUCGACGCGACGCGAACGUAUUUGAGAGGAUUGACGCACAGAGCCCGGGGAUAUGUGGACUGCCUCCUAGGGUACUCCUGACUACGUAAUUCUGCAGCCUUGAGCAGGAAGUGAGUGUAGUGCUCUGAUGAGAGCUCGCUGGACAGGGGAGCAGUGGGUUUUCGUGAUGAACCGUCGAUUUCGAACCGCUGAUUGGGGUCGUGCUUCGGGGGGGAAAUCCUUUGUUCGGUUGUAGCUUUGUAGCGGUGACUGCAGGGACAAAUAGUUAGGGACUUGGGGUUGCGAAAUUGCCCCGUCGUGGUGGUUGUCUGGUAGAAGUAGGUAGGGCAUAAUUAAUUCGAGAUUGUCGAGCCUGUGAAUUGGAUUGUACGAGCUUGAGACUCAGGUGAAGAUGGGGUGUACGAGUUCGAAGGUCGAUAAUGAGGAAGGAGUUGCGAGAUGUCGGGCUCGGAAGCGGCACAUAAAGCACGCAGUAUCUUCGCGCCACGCCUUCGCCUCCGCCCAUGCCCAGUAUGUCCAUGCCCUGAAAGGUUGUGGUGCGGCUUUCCGACAAUUCGCUGAGGGGGAACAUGGAGAGCAGCGGGAACAGCUAGCUCCACCGACUCCAGUCACUCCUGCCACUCCAGCUACUCCCCUGACUCCUCUUCUGAAGAUCAAGGAAGCUCGUCCGCCUCCGCCUCCUCCCCACCUCUCUGUCAGGGCUUCUUCUCCACCUCGAGAGGCAGCUCGUCACAGUCUUUCAGGUACGGUCCCGGAUCCUCUGUUGUUGGAAGAAGCGGAACGAGCCCGUUCGUCACCUGAGCCCGUCCAACGUCCGGAUUCGCCUCCGGCUUUCGCCGUUAUCUCGCGCUCAACUCGUGAAUCUUCUGGAGAUGACUGGAUACGCAUCAACCCGUCACCUGCUCCGUCAAAUUCUUCCUAUCCGGCGCCCCCGCCCCCUGUACCUCGCAAUAGCUGGCAUAAUCUGUUCUUCGAUCCCUUCCGUCCUGUACCCGAGGUUGACUUCGAUCCUCCUUCUCCCCCUUUUCAUCAACCCGAACGAAGGAAUUCUAAAGCGAAGGAGGAAGCGAGCGACCACAAGAAUAUCAAGGAUGACGACGACAUGCCACCCCUAGAAGAGGAUAGGGCAGGAGAAGAGGAAAGCGCAAAAGAAGUACAUGUGCAGUUGACGCAGACGCCCGAAGUUAUCACUGAAUCCCAUCAUGAAUCCCCGGUGGUGGCUGAGAGGAACAUGGAAACGAGUGCGGUUGAGAAGAGCCCAAACAACGAGUUAUCGGUCCACACACACAGUUCUCCAAAGGGCAGAGAUUUACUCGAGGUUCUGAGGGAUGUCGAUGAUAUGUUUUUGAAGACCGCCGAAUGCGGGGAUGUUGUGAGCCGAAUGCUGGAGACGAAGAAGGUGCACUACCAUUCGAGUUUUUCUGAAGUGAAAGGGUUUGCCGAAAACUCGGCAAAAGUGUUCAACUCGACCUUCUGGACACGGUCUCUCUCAAAGAAUUCGUCUACUUCCCCAGGCGGGAUGCUGAAAGAUUUCGCGUUAGAGACUGCUGCUAAUGGAGAUGGGUUGACGAUGGUUAGCCACGCAUCAACACUGGAUCGGUUGUUUGCGUGGGAGAAAAAGCUGUAUGACGAAGUGAAGUCUGCUGAAGUAAUAAGGGUAGAUCUGGAAAAGAAUUGCACACGACUGCGCAGUCAAGAUGCGAAAGGAGACGACCCGUUGGCCAUAGACAAAACGCGAGCUGCGAUCAAAGUCCUGCAUACCAGGUUUAUGGUAGCCCUGCAAGCCGUUGACACGGCCAAUAGCGCCGUACACAAAAUUCGAGAUGAAGAGUUAUAUCCGCAACUGCUUGAGCUUCUGGAAGGGUUGGCGAACAUGUGGAAAGGAAUGAGUGAAUGUCAUGACGUCCAGCAAGCUAUCGCUCAGGAUAUGAAGACGCUCAACAAUUCUGCAGCUGCAGAACCCACCAGCAGUUUGCAUAGACAAUCAACUCUUGAACUAGCUACCGUGCUGUCCAAGUUGGCUAAGUCGUUCGCUAAUGUCAUAAGCAGCCAGAAGGAAUAUCUGCAUAAUCUGAACGGCUGGCUGCGCUUAAGUCUGGUACAGCCCGAUGCGGAACUCAGGGACGAUCAGAGCAAAUCAUCAGGAACCAAAGUAGCCCAUACACCGAUCUACGCCCUCUGUCAAGACUGGCAUCGAGCUCUGGAGAAGCUUCCGGACAAAGUGACUCUGGAAGCCAUUAACGGCUUUGUGGCGGUCGUGAAUGAGUGGGUUCGCUUGCAGUCGGAAGAACUGAAACAUAAGAAGAAGGCCGAGAGUUUAGAGCGAGAGCUAAGCAAGAAGGAACAGUUUUUGGAGAUGUUGGAAAGGAAGUACGUGGACUCCACUCCGGUGAGCGAAGAGAAGGAAGAAUUUGUCACGGACUCUCCGCGAAGAGCAGCUUUGAACGAGAACAAGAGCAGAGUGGACCACUUCAGACUGAAGGUCGAGCAAGAGAAGGAGGCGGUUGAGAGGUCCGUGUUGGCCACCCGGGCCAUGACGCUGACGAGCUGUCAAAGCGGACUGCCUGGGCUUUUCGGGGCGCUCUCGCACUUCUCCGCGCUCGCCCACCAGACUUACAGGGACCUUCACGCCCAGGGUGUAAAUAUAAAAUUGGCUCGGAUCUCUGGGUAGAUAGAGGACGUCUAUUCUUUGGGGCUCUCUUGGAGCCAGCGGCCGAAACGGCGAGUUUUGCACCGAAAUUAUCUGUAGGCAUGGUUUGUGUUUGUGUAGAGGCAGAGCAGCAAGACCACUCGCUCUUGUACUACCAGGUAGACUUUUUGGAUCUUUGGAUAAAUAGGAGUUGUGAUGUUCCCUUGUCAUUAAGAUACUUAGGAGAAUAGGUGUAGAAUAUCGAGAGUUUUAUACACUAGAGAGCCGAGACCGAGGAGCUCACAACACAGGAAGUAAAUCAUAGGAACUGCCCACCCCCUUCUUCUGCUGUACAUCACUGUUACACAUAAAUUUUGUCCCCACGGGACCCCGGGCCACGCUCGGGACAGGGGUC